UGUAAACAUUGCGACUGCAGACUAGCGGUUGACCCAGACGUGCAUUCUCCCGGCCUACUGUGAUUGUACUAUAGUGCGGCAAUAAGGCGUUCGCAAUGAUAGGAGUAAAAGUGUUCGUUCAAGUGUUACUUAUAUCGUUUGUAAAGAAUGCCGCAGGAAAAGACUUUUACAGCUACGCCGUGAAAGACCACGAAGGCGAAGACUUUUCGCUGGAGACAUACAGGGGCAAGGUUACACUGGUUGUAAAUGUUGCCAGUCAUUGUGGAUAUACUGAAGCAACAUAUCGAGCUCUUAAGAAAUUACAUGACAUUUUAAGUUAUGGAGAUCAUUUUUCAGUCUUAGCAUUCCCUUGCAAUCAGUUUGGAGAGCAAGAGCCUUUGGAUAUGCCAGAGAUCAUCAAUUUUGUGACUUCAGAAUAUAAUGUAGAAUUUCCCAUCUUUAAUAAAAUAAAUGUCAUUGGUGAGGAUGCUGAACCAGCCUUUAGGCAGCUGACAGUUGAAGAGGUUAAAAUGACCCUCAAAGAGAUGAAAAAUGGACACGCUUCAGGACCAGUUCAAAUAACAAUUAAUGGAUCUGUGAUGAGAAGGGAUGAGGAACAGUUGAUCACAAAAGCAGUAUAUGGUGAACUAACAGGACGGAAACCUGUAAGAAGCCCAAAAAAAAGGGGCCAGGGUUUGCAACCCAAAGUAACCAAGUCAAAGGCACAGAAGCCUUGCAUAGCCAGUGCAGCAGCUUCAGGUUAUAACCAGUGCCAAUUAAAGUAUUUGAAAAGGUCAAAGUUUAAAUUUUCAAUACAAACAGCAAAAUCUUUCAAACGUUGA